AUGUCUUUCAUUCCUUACAUGAGGCACCCGAAGAAGCAAGAGGCAGAGAUGGCUGCGUCUCCCCUUGCAUUUGCUCGGUUGGUCUGCAUGUCGAUUGCUGACAAGACUUGCUACCUCACCUCAACUGGCUACUUUCGAGCUGCAGAGGAUCACCAGCUGAUCAAUGUUUCUGCUGUUGGUUCCUAG